CUGGUGGCCAGAGCAUAAAGGGAAAUAGAAGCAGAUAAUUUGUAGAUGCUUUGGAAGCACCAUAAGAUGGAACACGUUCAGGUCAUCCUUGUGAUCUUUGCAUCUUCUGUCAUCAUAUCAACCCCAUGUGCAGAAAAAUUCCAUCAUGAAAUUAUCGGAGGGCAUGAAGUAGAUCCACAUUCAAGACCUUACAUAGCAUAUUUAAAAAUUGAUAGUGCCUUUUGUGGUGGUUCUCUGAUUGCUCCAGGCUGGGUAUUAUCUGCUGCUCAUUGUUAUGGGAACAUAGUUGUCAUUCUUGGGGCUCAUGAUGUCACUCAGCCAGAGGAAACACAGCAGAUUAUUGGGGUUGAGAGUUAUCACCUGCACCCAGAAUAUGAUGAUGAAGCAGCCAUGCCAUUCAAUGAUGUCAUGUUGUUAAAGCUUUCAUCCUCGGCUGAGAUAAAUAAAUAUGUACAGACAAUUCCACUUCCUUCCAGCACCAGUGACCUUCCGAAAAAUACGCCCUGCAGUAUCGCAGGCUGGGGACUCAUUGACAAGAAUCAAGUGACAGAUAAGUUAUUUGAGACAAAUAUCACUAUUGUGAGCCGCAGGUUUUGUCGUCGUUACUAUCCUGGAUUGACCAAUGGGAUGAUCUGUGCAGGGAGCCACAAGAAAAUCACAGAUUCCAGUCAGGGAGACUCGGGCGGACCCCUUGUUUGUAAUGGGGCUUUAGAAGGCAUUGUGUCAUUUGGGUAUCACCACCCUCCUGGUGUCUAUGCAAGAGUUGGAGAAUACUUGGAAUGGAUCAAACAAACCAUCUCUCAAUAUGAUUCCAUAGAUAUCUGACACUUGCACAUUUAUCCUACUGGGGCCAUUGUUCUUCCCCCCUAAUGUUCAUUUUACAUGUUAUACAAUCCUUGCUGUUACAGUAAAAGAGGAAUAUGCAUUGAUAUAUAAAAGAUUUAUAAAUUGUGCUGUACCUCACCUUACCUCAGCACCUGGACCCACCCCAUUUAAAACUUUGGACGUGUGAUAUGUGAAACAUUUUUUAUAUUUGAUACAAAAGCAAAGGACAAACUGCUAUGUGCAAAGCUCUUCUUUACAUUAAACAUAAUACAUACAAAAGACCAUAAUUGAAACUCCAUCCAGAUUGUGUAGCCAGUUUGUAUAAACAGUCCAUGUUGCGAUUAUGUCAGCAUCCCAGCUGAAUCCAUGUGGUAGGUGGAUGGAGCAUGACCACACUUUGGCAACACUUUGAGGGAACUCCAUGUUCUUUCUCAAGCACUAGGGCAGAAUUUCUUUGAAACGUCACAGCAAGCAUGUGGUCAUGCUCCAUACACCUCCUGCAUGGACUAUGAACUGUCUGCACACUUUGGGUGAAGUUUUAUUUAUGGUCUUUUGUAUGUAGUAUGUUUCAUAUAAAGAACAGCUUUCCUCUAUUGUAUGGUUUCUUGGACGGCUCCUUUUAAAACGUGAUACUGGAGUAUUGAUUAUAAAAGUUUUUGAUAUAACAGUUCCGCUUUAUUAUAUACUGUGGAUAAGUGAUGCAUGUCAGUUUGGGGCCAAAUUAACUUUAAAAUUAAUAGAGAUGUUCAAUAUUUUAUGCCAAAAUAUCUUUGUUUAAUAAUUGGCUGUUUUGAAACGUUGUGAUUUGUAUUAGGAAUCUCUUAAUAAAGUUUCA